UCCUGGUCAUAGCUCCGCCUGGCGCCUGCAACACUGACCCAGAAAGAGCCUUUCCUAAACAGUGGGUCGGGUUUCAUCGUCAUAUCACGGCAAGUAAACUCCAGCAGCUGAUUUCUUCAAGACGUAUGACUCGGGUCUCGCCAAGCGUCGCUCUGAUAACGCAGAGUCAUUACUACGAGGGCUGUGGUGACAGACAGACUUGGAAGGGCAGCGUCUGGAACGGCCGGCGGAAUCGUGCAGGAGGGUCAAGGUGUUGAACGACGUUUGCACAACUGUUAGUGGAGACGACAGAUUCAUCCACAUCGAUUAUCAAUCAAGCAAAGCGCCGUUGUGUGAUGACAAUUCUGAUGUGCUAAUGCAUGCAACGACGUAAUUCACAACGUUUGUAUACACGACAACGUCACUGUCAGAACCAUCGGCGUCCAGGCUCCUCAACAACCGACACGCCCACUUUGCUCUGACGGAGGCGCGAUAACCUACUACAGCGUCAGCGUCUUCUACGACAACGCUACAAAUAGCCGGACAAACGCUAGAGACAGCAAUAAGUGUCAGUGAUUCGGCGACGGCAGCGGCAACAUAAAAAUACCAGGACAAGGUAGUUGCAUUACCUGCGACAGUAGAAGACAGUGUUCUCGGAGGUGAUAACGACAUCUACACAUACUAUAGCAGUGACUACCGCUCCAUCGGUGGCGACGUCGCAAUAGCAACCUCAUCGCACGAUGGCGCAUGCGUCCUAUGGGAGAAUUAACUCUAACUCGUCAAGCGAGAAGGAAGAACCGUCAUGGCGGCAGAUCGAUGCGGCGACCUUGACCUGUGGGCAGAGAAUAAGGGAGCAGUUUCGGGUCCGGAGCUUCUUCCUUGGCCAUGACAACCCAGGAUUGUUUGGACGGGCCCAGUGUGGUCCGUCCGUCAUCUACCUCAUCUGGAGACUGAUCUGGGCUGUAUAUCACGUGUCCGCCAUCUCAAUAUCGGGGUUUCUCACGCAAUUUUACGCCACUCGGGAAGAAAACAGAAUUAAAUGGUUUAUCUUUCUGACAAAUUGGUGUUACCUAAUCCUCACGUGCUCCGCCAUCUUGGAUCUCAUUGUCUCAGUACAUUUCUACGUCAACAAGCAGAGCUUCCUUAAAGGGGCGGAAGCGCCGAUGCCGUGGUACUGCAAGGUAUUAUGGGUACAAGCCACCAUCAGCAACGCUAUCGGGAUCGAGAUAAGCCUGGUGUACUGGCUCUUACUCCACGACUUCAGCAAUAGCUUCAACGGCUACCGCAUCCUACCCUUCCUCACCCAUGGGAUGAACGUCAUCUACAUCCUCCUCAACCUCAUGGUGACGGCAAUGCCGGUACGACUUCUACAUUUCUACCAGCCAGCCGUUUUCGGAAUCGUGUACGUCCUCUUCAGCGUUGUUUACACCGUCUGCGGUGGCAGUAACGACCUCGACGAGCCCUACAUCUACUCCAUCCUCGACUGGAACAACUCGGCGACGUUUGCAGCAAUACUAACAAGUGGAGCCGUUGUUGGAGCCAUGUUUGUGCAUGUUGUUAUCUAUUUAAUUCAUCUUUUGCGAAUUUUCAUGUUCAGAUGUUCAAGGUCAGAUGGUGAAGUUAUGGUCUGAAAUACGUCUACAUUUAUACCUGUUUGUAUUUAUUUGUUUUGUAGAUAGCUUCAAGUUGUUAAUAAGUGCUAAUUGAUGAUGUUGUUUUUACUGGUGACAAGAUGGUCAAGAAUUCGGAUGUAUGCCUAGUGAUAGGAAGUAGUCACGUGACAUCUCCGACGGAGGUAGUAAUUGUCUACGUGAUCAUUUGGUAAGUGUAAUGACGCUAGGCGACAUUUGCUCACGUACAAAUAUAAAUUCAAACAGUAUUUUUUCAAGUUUAUUUAUUCUAGCUUGAUUAAGUCUUCAGAAUAAAAAAAAAGUAAGAAUAAUGAUGAUAAGUGACACUUGCUUGACAACGACAUUAGAAUCUAUGUCGAAACGUCGC